AGGAAGCCGAGCAGGAAGCGAGCCCGGCGGCCGCGUUUUCCUGGGGAAGCGGCGGGCGGGGUGGCGCAGCCAGCGGGGCCCGGGAGCCGCCGCCGUCUCGAUGGGGUGCUGAAGGAAUCUUCUAGAUCUUCUAGAGCGUGGGAAGGCUGAAUGGGCUCAACAUGAAGAGCCUGAAAGCGAAGUUCAGGAAGAGUGACACUAACGAGUGGAACAAGAAUGAUGACCGGCUGCUGCAGGCUGUGGAGCACGGAGACGCGGAGAAGGUGGCCUCACUGCUGGGCAAGAAGGGGGCCAGCGCCACCAAGCAUGACAGCGAGGGCAAGACCGCCUUUCAUCUUGCUGCUACGAAAGGACACGUGGAAUGUCUCAGGGUCAUGGUUACACAUGGCGUGGAUGUGACAGCCCAAGACACUGCCGGACACAGUGCUCUGCACCUCGCAGCCAAAAACAGCCACCAUGAAUGCGUCAAGAAGCUCCUUCAGUCUAAAUGCCCAGCCGAAAGUGUCGACAGCUCUGGGAAAACAGCUUUACAUUAUGCAGCGGCGCAGGGCUGCCUUCAAGCUGUGCAGGUUCUUUGUGAGCACAAAAGCCCCAUAAACCUCAAGGAUUUGGAUGGGAACAUACCACUGCUUCUUGCAGUACAGAACAGCCACAGUGAGGUCUGUCGCUUUCUCCUGGAUCAUGGAGCAGAUGUAAAUUCCAGGGACAAAAACGGAAGAACUGCUCUCAUGCUGGCCUGUGAGAUUGGCAGCUCUAACAUCGUGGAAGCCUUAAUUACAAAGGGUGCAGACCUAAGCCUUGUAGAUUCUCUUGGACACAAUGCCUUACAUUAUUCCAAACUCUCAGAAAACGCAGGAAUUCAAAGCCUUCUAUUAUCAAAAAUCUCUCAGGAUGCUGAUUUAAAGACACCAACAAAGCCAAAGCAGCAUGAUCAAGUCUCUAAAAUAAGCUCAGAGAGAAGUGGAACUCCAAAAAAACGCAAAGCUCCACCACCUCCUAUCAGUCCUACCCAGUUGAGUGAUGUGUCUUCCCCAAGAUCAAUAACUUCAACACCACUUUCAGGAAAGGAAUCAGUAUUUUUUGCUGAACCACCCUUCAAGGCUGAGAUCAGCUCUAUACGGGAAAACAAAGACAGACUAAGUGACAGUACCACGGGUGCGGAUAGCUUAUUGGAUAUAAGUUCUGAGGCUGACCAACAAGAACUUCUUGUCCUGUUGCAAGCAAAAGUGGCUUCUCUUACUCUACACAAUAAGGAAUUACAAGAUAAAUUACAGGCCAAAGCACCCAGGGAGGCGGAAGCAGACCUGAGCUUCGACUCCUACCACUCCACCCACACUGACUUGACCCCAUCCCUGGGCAAACCGAGGGAAACCUCUCCCCCAGACUCCAAAUCAUCUCCAUCCGUCUUACCACAUCCCUCGAGUCAGUCCUCUCUCGAUGGCGAUGUCAGGAUCCAGCAGCUGCAGGAGGUUUUACAAGACCUGCAGAAGAGACUGGAGAACUCGGAGGCAGAGAGGAGGCAGCUGGAGGCCGAGCUCCAGGCCCGAAGGACAGAACCGGUGUGCGUAAACAACGCGGAGAUCUCAGAGAAUGGCUCCGACCUCAGCCAGAAACUGAAAGAAACCCAGAGCAAGUACGAGGAAGCCAUGAAAGAAGUCCUGAGUGUGCAGAAGCAGAUGAAGCUGGGUCUGGUCUCGCUGGAAAGCGUGGACUCCUACUCCCAUCUCCGGGAGCGAAGGAUCCCGGAGAAAGAAAUCGAAGUCCUAAAGCGGGAUCUCCGGUGUGCGCUGGAGGAAAGCGAGCGCCACCAGGAGAAAGUGCGAGAGUUAGAGGAGAAGCUUGUCGAGAGGGAGAAGGUGGCGAUGAAGCCGCCUGCGGAAGAGGUGGAGGAAAUGAAAAGUUCAUAUUGCUCGGUUAUUGAGAACAUGAACAAGGAGAAGGCUUUUUUGUUUGAGAAGUACCAAGAGGCCCAAGAAGAGAUCGCCAAGUUGAAAGAUACGCUGAAAAGCCAGACGAGCCCAGAGGCAGGCGACGAAGCUGGGGACAUGAGAGAAGCCAUGAACAGGAUGAUCGACGAGCUCAACAAGCAGGUGAGCGAGCUGUCCCAGCUGUACAAAGAAGCCCAGGCCGAGCUGGAGGACUAUCGGAAGAGGAAGUCGCUGGAAGAGGUCACAGCUGAAUACAUCCAUAAAGCAGAGCACGAGAAGCUGAUGCACGAGACCCGCCUGUCCGGAGCCAAGGCGGAGGAGGCCCUGUCCGAGAUGAAGUCGCAGUAUGCCAAAGUGCUCACCGAGCUGACCCAGCUCAAACAGCUGGUGGACGCCCAGAAAGACAACUCUGUCUCCAUCACAGAGCACUUGCAAGUGGUGACCGCGCUUCGCACUGCCGCCAAAGAGAUGGAGGGGAAAAUAAGCAGCCUCCAAGAGCACCUGGCCAGCAAGGAAGGCGACGUGGCGAAGCUGGAGAAGCAGCUCCUGGAAGAGAAGGCCGCCGUGAUUGACGCCAUGGUACCCCGGUCCGCCUACGAGAAGCUCCAGUCGUCUUGGGAGAGUGAAGUGAGCGUGUUGAGCUCAAAGUUAAAGGAAUCGGUGAAAGAGAAAGAGAAGGCCCAUUCGGAGGUGGCCCAGCUGAAAAGUGAGGUCUCGCAGAUGAAGAAGGACAAGGAAAACGUGCAGGCUCUUUUGAAAUCCAAAGAGCAAGAAGUCAGUGAACUUGGGCAAUUCCAGCACGCUCAGGAGGAGCUUGUGGAAAUGAAGAGGCAUUCCGAGAGCUCUUCAAAAAUGGACGAGGAUAAAGACAAGAAGAUAAACGAGAUGUCGAAGGAAGUCAUCAAGCUGAAAGAGGCCCUGAACAGCCUCUCGCAGCUCUCCUACUCCGCCAGCUCGUCCAAGCGGCAGAGCCAGCAGCUGGAGGUGCUGCAGCAGCAGGUCAAACAACUGCAGAACCAGCUGGCUGAAUGCAAGAAGCAGCACCAGGAAGUGAUAUCAGUUUACAGGAUGCAUCUUCUGUAUGCCGUGCAGGGCCAGAUGGAUGAAGAUGUCCAAAAAGUACUGAAGCAAAUCCUUACCAUGUGUAAGAACCAGUCCCAGAAGAAGUAAAGCCGAUUCCUUGGCAGGACGCUGGGCCCUUGUUGUCCACCCUUGUGUUAGACCUGGAGUUGUUGGCAACCACUGCCCUUGUUCUCCUUGGUGGGGUCACUGUGACCCACAUGAUAGAGCUUCUUCCCUUCCCCAAAGGCUUCUUUCUGAGGACGGGUCCCAGGAGAAGCCUGUACUCCCAACAGCUUAGAGACUCCAGAGCAGCAGAGGUGAAAGGCACUGUCAAGCCCUUCAGAUUUCAGAGCAGGGAUCAGCCACGCCCAGGAGCCCUGUCCCUGUGCUGGGGCCGGCAUCCUCCUGGGUCCCUCCCAUGACCGAGGGGCUGUGCCGUGCAGCACAGCAGGGCUCUUGCUGCUUUUGGGUCCCAUCCCCAAACAUGACUCAGUUUUUAACCAAAUUCGUAAGGCACUAGCGAUGCCGUGCGUGCUUUGAGCCUGUGGAUUUAAAAACUCUGGUUCCACCUUUUUCCCCCCAUCUGCCUUGUAUUUCUCAUCACCCUGCGCCUCCAUCUUGGAGUCUGCUGAGCGCUACGAACUUAAAUAUGAAGCUGAAAAACAAAAGCAAGUUGUCCUUAAAAGUUCUUUUUAAGUAAAUCGCUGACCUACUGCAAAUUUUCUAUGCAAACUGGCCUCCUGCUGUUGGUUAUCCAAGAAGCUCAGGAAAUCCAAACAUUUGUGUUUCAACAAGGGACAGUAAACUGCAUGUUUACAGCCAAAAGAAAUGCCUCCUAGUUUUUAACCUCAAUUUUUUUAAGUGUUUUGUUUUUUUUUUUUUUCUCUACAAUAUUUUUAUCGGCUCUUCCAGAUGCUUUCCUAUCUAAGUCCCUAAAUAAGUGAAACUUACAUUAGACUGUAUUAACAAAAUACUUUUUAGGUAAUCAUGCUUAAGACUUUUUAAAAAAAUAUAACCUUUUCCUCAGCGGUUUCAGCCAUAACAAAAGGUGGUUUUCUGCUCCAAACUCAUUAUGAGCUGCCCCUAGACUUUCUGCGAUCGUGUUCUCAGAACGGUAGCACAGCGCUUUUACCAGCUGAUGAUUUUUGAGUGCCCCCACUCUACCAGCAUGUGUAGGUUAUCUCUGGAAGGACACUUAGUACCCGUUUUUCAACUUUGAAAGGAAAAAAAAAAUCCUGGCAAACAUUAUGGUGCCCAGGUGAGGUCUGGGGAGACAACAUUUCUGGUUAAAAAUGUUUCUCACUUGCUCGGAGCUUCCUUUACGGCCUGUCUUAUGGAGGGACGUCCGCGGAAUACAGAAAUCCCUAAAGUCGGGAACGGCAAGUGUAGGCUGGCUCUGACGGGGCUGCCUGGGCUCCCAGGCCACCUGGCAGCAUCGGGUGACGUGGUCAUCUGUAUUGGACGAGGACCAACAACAGGGAAGCAGAAAUGGCUUUUGAGCUUGGUGUUACUUUCUCUGAAGCUGUUUAUAGUUCGGCAAUUUCGAAAAUGCUCCAAAGAAGAAUGUGAAAGGGCUUUCUGUCACAGCACUUAAGAAAACACACAACCACCCCCCCCUCCUGCCCCAACACAGAAAUGCUGCAGAGUGUAAAACUUGAGACGUUUCGUAGGACCCCUGACAAAGUGUAGCCUUUGAUCUUGUUUCAGGAUUGCAUAUUUAUUACAAGUACUCUGGUUAAAUAUUGAAAAGUUAUAUGCUGUAGUUUAGCAUUUUGCCUUUGUAAUUUACAGAAAGUAUUGCAGAAAAUAAACAUCUGUUUCGUUUUGCA